CAGCAUGACAGUUGUCAGAAUAAAUUUUUCCCCACUCAUUUGGCAGCAGUGUGAGUAACGCAGCAGCAGCUCCGCAAAACCAAGAUUAAAAAAAAAAAAUCGUGCGAAAAGCCAAGUGUACAUUUUUCGCAGUGCAAGUGAGAAGGCCUUAAGAUCGCGAUGCCCAAGCGUCGUCGGGAGCACAAGCGACGCAAGGAGUCCUACUCCGGCGGAGGACGAGGAGGAGGAGGAGGUGGAGAAGGAGGAGGAGGUGCCCCCAGCGUGAGGAUCAGAUCGCUCAAGCCCACGAAUGCCUCUGAGAGCAGCGAUGGGGAGGGCAGCGAGUCCAGCGCCUCUUACUCGAACUACAGCUCCUCGGGAACCUCCAGAUCCUCCAGCUACACCAGCUCCAGCGGCUCCUCCAGCUCCGUCUCGACCAGCGAGGACUCCGAGGAGGAGCCGGAGGAAGCAGCCGCCGCCAAGAGGGCGAAGCGCUCGUGCUGCCACCACAGGCACCACCGACGCCACCGGCGGCACCAUCACCAUCACUCGCCGCCGCGCCAUCACUCCCAUCGCCGCCAUGGGCGCCCAUCCGGCCACCGCCGCCAUCGCUCCGACCACGGACGCUCCUCGAAGCGUCUGUCCGGCAGGGUCAGUCGCCGAGGAGCCGCCCCCGCCACCAAGACGGCUGUGGUGGUCAAUGAGGCAAUGCCCUCCACCUCCGGCAGCCAACCGGCGGCCAUUCAGAUACCGGCCCCCAUUUCGCUGCCCGUGCCGUUGCCCAUUGCGGCCGAGCUCACCACCCAGCCGCAGCCCGUGCCGGCUCCAGUUCCGGCUCCUGCUCCAGCUUCAACCCCUGCUCCCGCUGCUCCGUUGGCCAAGGAGCUGCGCCUGGAGCAACAGCUCAAGUAUCAGCAGCGCAAGUCACGCACGCGCUGCUCCGGCUCCCAGGCCCAAGCCCAAGCCCAUGUGCAAGUCCAAGCCCAAAUCCCGGCCAAGACCACCACCAAGAGCGUGGCCAAUGCCGGCUCCAUCUGUGCGGCGGCCACUGUGCCCAUGGCCGGAGGAGCCAGACCCAGCGGCACGAAGGUGGUGCCCAUUUCCAGUGCCAAUUCCAAUGCCAGCAAGUCGACCAGCCAGGUCAGGAACCCAGUAGCCAGUGGCUCCCAUGCGAAGGCUCCGGCAAAGACCAGUCAACCCAAUUCGAACGUCAGCCAUGCGGACUCCAAUGGCAAGUCACCGAUGAGAAAGGACUCCUCCAACUCCUCCAAUGCCAAGAUGAGGGCAUCUAACGGUGAACGACCGCGUCGCAGUUCUGCCACGCCCCCUGGUCCGGGCUCAAGGCGUCAGUGGGGGAAUGGGCGGAACAAUGACCACACUGAGAACCAGUGCAAGCAGAGGCGCAAUGAUGUUUAUGAAGAAAGAGGAGGAUCCGAAGGAGAAGGAUCAGGAGGAGGAUCCGGAAGGGGAGGAGGAGAAAAAGGAGGAGGCGGAGAUAGAGGAGGACCAAGAGGAGGUGGACCCCAUGACCGUCCCGACGCCGUGGGCAACCAAACGGCCUAUCGCAAUGGCAAGCACGCCAUCAAAUUUAGCCAACCCGUGCACAGUGUGCGCCUCCACAUCAAGGGACUGACCCGCCAGGUGAGCAAGGAGCACAUCACCGAGAUCUUCGGCCAUUUUGGAGCCCUCACGGCCGUCGACUUUCCCAUGGACCGCUUCCAUGGACGCUAUGGGCGUGGCUACGCCUUCGUCGAGUACGCCCGUCCCGAGGACUGCGCCUGCGCCAUCAAGCACAUGAAUGGCGGCCAGAUCGACGGCAAGCGGAUCACGGUGUCCGCCUUCCGGGAGAGCAAGCUGAAAGAUCCGUGUCGCCACUACCGCCGCUACUCGCCGGUCAACUACCGCCGUCAGCGCCAGCGUCACGGCCCGCCGUCCCGCUCUCGCUCUCGCUCUCGCUCAUACUACCAGUUCCGCUCCAUGUCCCGCUCCCGCUCUCGCUCGCGGUCCUUCCCACGCUCCCGCUCCCGAUCCCGCUCCUCUGGCUCGCAAUCCCGGUCAGGAUCGCGCUACAAUCGCCGCUACCGCUCGCGCACCCGUCCCGGAUCACGUUCGCCUUAGGCAGGUCGCACUGUCGUCGCGAAGGACAUAAAGCGACAUCCAAGCAAAUCCACAAAUCGACCAGAUGACGAUUCUCAA